AUGGAAGAUAGAAAUUUGGAAAGAAAUAUUGGUAGUGAUAUUUCAUCAUCAUCAAGUAUUGAUAUGUCACAAUCAACAAACCUUGAAAUUUCAAUAGACCAAUCAAUAAAUAGAAAUUUAGAAAAAAUUGAUAUUUCAGAAGAUGAUGUGCGUAGAGGUGAAAAGAAAAUUGAAAGUUUUGAAAAUGGUGAGAAUAAUAAUAAUAAUAAUAAUAAUAAUAAUAAUAAUAAUAAUAAUAAUAAUAAUAAUAAUAAUAAAAAUGAAGACAGAAAAUUUAAAAAAACUUUAUUUUGUAUAAAAAUGUAUAUAAUUCAAUAUUUUAAAAAAUGGUUAGGAACUGGUAAAGAUAAAAGACCACCAAUACCAGAUUUAGAAGAGAUAGGGUGGACUUGGUUGGCUUCAUUUACUGGUAUUCUAGUUUUAGCUUUAAUUCAUUAUCGUGAAGCACUUGAUGCUCAAAUGCAAGUUUUGAUUGGUUCUUUUGCUGCUUCUGCUGUGAUUAUAUUUGGUGUACCAAAAUCCCCAUUAGCUCAACCAAGAAAUUUAAUUAUGGGUCAUUUCCUAUCUGCAGUAGUUGGUUCGGUUAUUAGAGUUGCUUUAGUAUAUACCAAUGCCAAUUUUGAAGUUGCAUGUGCUUUGGCUGUAAGUUUAUCGAUUAUGUUAAUGCAAUUUACAAAUUCUUUACAUCCACCAGGUGGAGCCACUGCUUUAAUCUGCGUUAUGGGUGUUGAACAACGUUGGAGAGGCUUUUACUUUAUAUUUGUACCAAUUUUAUCAGGUGCACUUAUAAUGUUAUUAACUGCAUUGGUUGUAAAUAAUUUUGCUAGAAAACGAUCUUAUCCGUUAUAUUGGUGGUAA